GCAAAGAAAGAAAAUGCCCGAACCCGCCAAGUCCGCGCCCAAGAAGGGCUCCAAGAAAGCCGUGACUAAAACCGCCGGCAAGGGCGGCAAGAAGAAGAGAAAGACCAGGAAGGAGAGCUACGCCAUCUACGUUUACAAGGUGCUGAAGCAGGUGCACCCCGACACCGGCAUCUCCUCCAAGGCCAUGAGCAUCAUGAACUCGUUCGUCAACGACAUCUUCGAGCGCAUCGCCGCUGAGGCCUCCCGCCUGGCUCACUACAACAAGCGCUCCACCAUCACCUCCAGGGAGAUCCAGACCGCCGUGCGCCUCCUGCUGCCCGGUGAGCUGGCCAAGCACGCCGUGUCCGAGGGCACCAAGGCCGUGACCAAGUACACUAGCUCCAAGUAAACUGCAGCUCUACUGCACCCACCCAACGGCUCUUCUUAGAGCCACCCACUUCUUCUGAAGAGCACAUGUCCUGAUGUUUUCACCGCCGUAUGACU